UUUUUGUUAUUAUUUGUGGAGGUGCGGUGCUGCAUGGGUCGCGUGGUUUUUCCGCGCAGGGAGCUGCCGGUUCUGCGUGCGUGGUCCGUUUCCUGCGUGCCCGCGUUUGGGGGAUUAGGGUCUGGGUUCCUGUAUUCGCUGGGUCGCGCAGCCGGUCGCCCUGCUCGCCCUUUAACAGGACGGGGCGCGGAGGAGCCAGCCGUUUGUCAUUGUGAGCUCAGAAAAGCAGAUUAAGAGAAUAAACUCGAACUGAAGAAAGACUUACAUGGAUGUCUGAAGUCUGGAAGCAGUAAAAGGAAAAGAAAUGGAGACAGAAACCAUUUUAAGUCUUCGUCAACAACUCAAGGAAGCAGAGAACGAACGAAGGAAGGCAGCACAAUAUGGCUUGCACCUACUUGAAUCUCAAAAUGAAAUUCAAAAUCAAUUGGAUGAAAUACGUCGUGAAUUGACAGACAAAACCGAGAAAUUUGAACAAGAGAGAUAUUCUCUUCAGAGAGAAAUUGAGCUUAAGAGCAGAAUGUUAGAAAGCCUGAGUUUUGAAUGUGAUGCUCUCAAGCAACAGCAGAACAUGCAACUGGAUCAACAAAGAGAACAGCUUGUCAGAGUUCACGGACAAGAAAUAAGUGACCUUAAAAACAAGUUGGAGAACCUGAAAGCUGAACUAGAUGAAACUCGGCUCUCGGAGAAACAACUGAGACAUAAGGUGGAUCAUCAGAAGGAAAUAAUUGCUGCCAAAUCGGAGGAGUUGCAUAUGAUGUCUGAACGUGUACAYGAGACCAUGUCUUCAGAAAUGCUCAAUCUUCAGAUGGAACUCACUGAACUAGAAAGCGUGAAGGCCAAUGUUGAAGAGAAGCUGAAUGAACUGCAGUACAAUAAAGAGCAGCUGGAACUUGUAAAUAGCAACUUACGUAAUCAGCUGGAGCGCCUACAGGCAGAAAAAGAAGAGAGGGAGAAAGAAGUUGUUUCUUACUGCAAUGCAUUAGAGAAAGCUCGUGAGGCUAAUCAAGAGCUCCAGGUCCAACUGGAUCAUGCASUACAGCAGUCUUUGGAUCCUACAAGUAAAGGCAACUCGCUCUUUGCUGAGGUGGAGGACCGUAGGGCAGAAAUGGAACGACAGCUGAUCAGUGUGAAAAUAAAAUAUCAGUCACUACAAAAACAGCAUGCAUUCACUAGAGAACAAUUGCAAAGAAUGAAGCUGCAAAUGGCUACGCUGCUGCAACUGAAAGGCUCUCAGGCAGAAUUUGAGCAGUUGGAACGCCUGCAGUCCAUGUUAGAGCAAAAGAAUGGUGAGAUAGAAGAUCUUCUCAUGAAAGUGAGGCAACUAGAAAAAUAUAAGACCUUAUAUGAGAACACAGAAGAAUCUGGAGCUGGUACUAGCUCAAGGGGAGGAGAGUCUGAAGAUGGUUACUAUGCAGACUUGCUUCAAAUGAAACUGGACAACUCAAAUAAAGAAACUGAAACCUUGAGAAAUGAACUAUCCUUGCAGAGAAUGAAAGCUUUGUAUGAAAGCCAAAGGGUUCUGGAAGUUGAAAGGAAACUCUUCACAAACGAAAGGCACUUGCAAGCUUGUCAGAGUGAGAACAUGAAUUUGCGGGUUAUGGURGACGAGCUAAAAAUGAAAUACGAACCUCAAGAGUUACUUAAAGUUACUAAAGCUAAAAAGAAAAGGGAGAAGAUUCCAGUGGACUCUACUUGUGAAUACCUGGAUAGCAGAAAUACUUCAGCAAAAGAAACUUCUCUUGCUCCUUUGCCAACAAAGGAAGAAACAAAGAUGAAUUUAAAAUCCUUGGAACCAAGUCAUGUUUCUCCAAGAAAACCUGCCCAGGAAUCAUCACUGAAAAAUGUAGCUUUUGAAGCAGCGAACAGAGUAGAACAAAGUGAAAAAGAAAGAAAAAGAAUUAAAAUCAGAGAUGACUAUCAUGAUACCUGCACUUCACAGGACAGAAAUGGCAAUAGCUCUUUGACUUCAACUGCCCCCAGGUUAACAGCUGAAUCCCAACUUGAAACUACAGAAAAUCAAGAGAAGAAGGAAAAUACGAUCAUGACUGAGAAGAAAACACAAAAGAAAAAAUAUACUACGUUAUAUGUAUCUUCUAAGCCAACUCCUGAAACACAAUGCGCUCAGCAAUAAAACUUGUGCUUCUAGAAUGAAUUUUUAAAAAUUUGGCCUUUUGAUUGAGUGGGAAUUAAUGAGUCAACUUAUAUUGCAUAAAUAGACAUCUCUCUGCCCCUUUUAUGAAGAAGAGUAUGAACUGUGUUCAGUGUCUUACCUUCAGAGGCUGCCUGUUAGAUUACCUCACAAUGUGACCCAAAGUACCGCCUUGUCUUCCAUUUUAGAUAUAACUAAACAUUUCUUGGGYAUUGUUUCUAUGACACUUAAUAAUAUUAGGAAUCAUCAGAAAUUGCGGUGAGAUUUGUUAUGUAAUAACACAGGGUCUGUCCUGAUGAGUUCACUCAACAAUGCUGGUUCAAGUCACCCAAGCCAUGYGUAAGUGCUCCUGAAUUUCUCCCAAUUCUGAAGUUCAGGCUUCUUCGCUUUUCCUCUAAUGUUUAAUUGCUUAACUCUGACCUGGUUGUAAAGGCUUGUGUGAAUUUUUAAAGCAAUUUUGUGAGACAGUACUUUUUUGAAAUUCCAAAUGUUCCUUAUUUAUAAUGAUAAUGAAAAUAAAGCUUUUGUUUGUUUUGGAAAUGCUAGUCAAGAUAACUUYUAAUACAAAGUUUUUCCUAAUGUGUCAUUUUUGAGUGACAGGAGCUUUGUA